AUGAAGCCACUUUUAUCUCAUUUAAGAGCAGUUAGCGAGGUUCCGAUACAUGGCGUCCUGACUUUCCAUCAUAUUGCCCUCAUCCUUGUCUCAUUUUUUGUUAUUAUUUCUACGAGUACAAGUUUAUACUUAAUGUACCAGCAUGCUACUCAUUAUUCUGUACCUCACCAGCAGAAAUAUAUCCUUCGUAUACUUUUUAUUAUCCCGGCUUACGGCGCAACUUGUUUACUUGUUACUGGAUUUUACCGGUAUUACGUCUACUUCUCCAUCAUUAUGGCGGUCUUGGCGCCUCUUAUCCUUGUGGGCUACUUAACAUUCAUCUGCUGUCUUAUUGCACCCGCAUGGGAGCAACAACAAGAUUGGCUACGGAUGAAAGAGGCAAGACCAUGGAUUUUCCACUUAAACCUCCUAUAUUCCAUCACCGGUAUGCAAAAUGGGCCUUUCAGGACGCCGCGGACCGCUUUGACCCAAUUCAACAUUAUCUGGUUUUGUGUUUAUCAAUAUGUCGUUGUUUCUAUCAUGAUGGGAAUUGUAGCUAUCUCUACACAGGCUGUUGGGAAAUACUGCCAGACUUCUCUCAGCACACACUUCGCUCACUUAUGGACAACUAUAUUUACGGCUCUAUCGAUGAUCCCCGCCAUGCAUACCUUAAUCCAGGCUCACUGGACUAUACGGCACAAGUUUUCGCACCUCCGUAUGGAUCGCAAGCUUCUUUGCAUCAAGCUUGUCAUCUUCUUAACUUCUUGGCAAUCUAUAAUCUUCAAUCUCGCAACAGCGAAAGUCAGAUCCUCUCGUUAUAUAGGACAAACUGAUGUGCAAGUCGUGCUCCAGUACUUAGUCCUUUCUGUUGAGCUGAUUUUCUUUGCCUUCCUCCACCUUAAAGCCUACCCGUGGAAGGAUUACGUCAUCUCAUUUGAUCAACCAGGCGAAUACCAAGGCGGAGCUAUGGGAUGGCGUGCGUUCCGUGAUAUGGCCAAUCUUUCCGACAUUGGUGUCGCUAUCUACAGAGCUGCUCACUGGAUAUUUUUCCUUAGGGGCCGCAGGCACCUAGAGAAUCGAGCUGCCGAGAAGCCUAAUGGUGUCGAAGACUAUAACUUGAUAAACCAGAAGCCUGUCAAUGUCAAUGUUAGUGACGACCUCUUCUGCCUAACAUACAUACAAUGGAUGAGCCAGAAAAUUCGACUUUGUGGUUAG